AUGCGGCAGUUGAUCCACGUCACACCACGGUCUGCAGUGCUGCUGGUGCUUCUGGUUGUGAUGAUGUUUGUGAUGUGUUGUGCCAGCGGGUGCUUUGCUGCCAGCCUGACGUGCUCCUGCCCCUCUGACAAAGCGAUGCGUGCGGACAGGGCGAAGUCGAUCCCGGCUGUGGUGAGGGGCGUGCUUUUUGGAUCUGAGGGUGCGUCGCAGAAAUGCACCGUCAUUGGGAGGAAUGGAUG